GGGGAUGAGCCGAGAGCACUUUCUUGUCUCUCGUGCCCAACCCUUGCUUGUUUUUGGAUUGUUUUGUUUUGUUCUUCGCACCCAUGUGCCCUUUUCCUUUACUCCUAUUUUCUACCAUCUAGCCUACUGAUGUGGGCUGCGCCUUGGCGAUCUCUUUUCGUAUACAAAUGGAUAUACCGAAAAGUAUCAUAUUUGAUCAACAUCUAUCCUUUCCUUCAUUUUUCUUUCACCUUGUCGGGACACAUUUUCCUUUCAUCUCUUCUUAUCUCAUCUGGCGUUCUGAAGCAUUGGAUCGGGAAUCGGGACUUUGGCUUUGUUGACUACGUGAUCUAUAUAUUUGACAGGGGUCGUUACUUUUAUUGUUUGAUUGAUCCGAUGGUCCGUUACCCUGUUUUAUUAUCUGUGAUUUGUCCGUGUUCUUGUCUUUACUUAGAUGCACGGAUGUCAUAAUGCUAGUUUCUACGUUGAAAGACGUGGCUUUCAGAACUUUUCAAUCUUCUAAUGCAC